AUGGGCCGCGGAAACAAACAAGGACGAGGAGGCGGUGGUCGAGGACGUCAAGGUCGAGGAAGGGGAGGCGGUGGGCGCGGGGGUCGUGGCGGGGAAGACAAUCGAGUCAGCUUCGAGAAGGUCGAGAAACACAACGAGAAACUUGAAAGAUACUACAACAGUGUUCUGGGAUUAGCAGAUGAGGAGGAGAGGCACGACUUCUGGGCUGCAUUGAAGCGGGAAUUGCCCAACAGCUUCAGAUUCGCCGGUUGUAAAGGACAUGCGCUCGCAGUGCAGAAGCUUCUUAAAACCCGCUAUGUCCCAGAAAUCUCCAAGAUUUCUCACUAUGAUGGUACUCCUGUCGAACCUCCCCAACCAGUGCUCUGGUAUCCUGACGAAUUGGCGUGGUGGAUGACGACUCCGAAAAAUGUCAUUCGACGAUUCCCGCCUUUCGCUGCAUUUCAGAAGUACUUGGUGUCCGAGACAAGUGUUGGAAACAUUAGCAGACAAGAGGUGGUUAGCAUGAUUCCGCCCUUGGUUAUGGAUCUUCAACCUGGAAUGACAGUCCUCGAUAUGUGCGCUGCUCCUGGCAGUAAGGCGGCGCAAUUGUUGGAGAUGGUACACAAUGGAGAGGAAGCACGAGUUCGAAAAUCUCUCAAGGAUCAUGCCAAGCAAGAUGGUCGAUAUGCGAGCCCUGAGGUGAAGUCGGAGGAUGCGGCAGACAUGGAAAUCGACACCAGCGAUAAUGGACGAGCUACAGGAUUGUUAAUUGCCAACGAUUCCGAUUACAAGCGGAGCCAUAUGUUGAUCCAUCAACUCAAACGACUGUCGUCUCCAAACCUGAUUGUCACCAAUCAUGACGCAACGAUGUAUCCUUCGAUCAAGCUUCCGUCGACGCCUGAAAAUCCAGCCCACAACAGAUACUUAAAGUUCGACCGAAUCUUGGCCGAUGUUCCUUGUUCAGGAGACGGUACGACCAGAAAGAAUGCGAAUCUGUGGCAAGACUGGAAUCCUGGCAACGCGCUUGGUCUCUAUAUCACGCAAGUCAGAAUUCUUAUUCGAGCCUUACAAAUGCUGAAGCCUGGUGGCCGUGUGGUCUACUCGACAUGCAGCAUGAACCCAGUCGAGAACGAGGCUGUCGUAGCAUCUGCCAUUGAGAGAUGUGGGGGGUUAGCAAAAGUCCAGUUAUUACCGAGCGACGACAAACUCCCUCUCCUGAAGCGGCGCCCGGGCUUGAACGACUGGACCGUAAUGGAUAAGAGUGGUAAGGUAUGGUCUACAUUUGGCAAAGUAAAGGAACACGAGGAAGAAUAUGGUGCAUCCGUCUACACCGACAGACUGGUGGAAGGAAUGUUCCCUCCCAUCAAUGCUGACAUCCCAUUCGAGAGAUGCAUGCGUGUCUAUGCCCACCUUCAGGAUACUGGCGGAUUUUUCAUUGCAAUUUUGCAAAAGAUGUCGGAAUUCAGAGCCAAGCCGGAGUCUGACUCGAAAAAGAUUGAGCCUAAGCCGCCAAUCACAUCAAUUAUUGAGGAGAUCGAGUCAAACCCAGAACCCAAAGACGGAGAAAGUCUUCUUCCCAAGAUUGAGGCCGCAGAUGCUCUAACAAGACCAACGGAAUAUUACGAUGAAUUUGUCUCUGCAGCUGCUCGCCAGAACCAAGAAAAUCCAACGUCAGAUGGUACUUUGACAACGCCUAAUGGCAGGAAGCGCAGCCGGGAUGAGACUGCUCCCAUCGAGACCGAAGAGUUCUCCUCGAGCAAGAAGUUGAAGACGCAAGAUGAUGGGGACGAGGCCGAGAUGAAAGAUGCGGAUGAAGCCGAGAUCGAUGCUGUUAUGGAGACCAGGAAGUUGAGCACCAAAGACGAGGUUAAUGAGCCCGCUGAAGAGGGCAUGGAGAACAGGAAUGUGCACUAUCCCCCACCACCUGGUGCAGAGCUGGACUUAACUACUCGGCCUGGUGAUAUGCGCUCCGACUCGAGACCAAAGCAGCAGCAGCGAAACAGAUCGGGUCAGCAAUUCGAAGAGCCUUUCAAAUACAUCUCUGGAGAUCAUCCAGAAGUUAAGUCAGUGGAAAAGUUCUAUAAUUUGUCGCCACGCUUUCCUCGGGACAGAUUCAUGGUUAGAAAUGUUCAGGGGGAACCAGCGAAGACGAUUUACUACACAUCGGCCUUGAUUAGAGAUAUUCUUACUGAGAACGAGGGCAAGGGCAUCAAAUUUAUCCACGGAGGUGUCAAGAUGUUCAUGAAGCAAGACGUUCAAGGACCAGAUGUCUGCAAAUGGAGGAUACAGUCAGAAGGCAUGCCGAUCCUGGAAGGUUAUGUCGGUGAAGAGCGAGUUGUUCGUCUCUAUAACAAAGAGACUUUCCGUAAACUUCUUAUCGAGAUGUUCCCCAAACUCGCAGAUGAUGGAUGGAAGAAUCUUGGCGAGAUUGGAGAACGUGUCAGGGAUGUCCCGAUGGGUUGCUGCGUUCUCAGAAUUGAGCCGAGUGACCAUGAAGAUGGAUUCGAUGAGCGAAUGGUUCUUCCGCUCUGGCGAAGCGCUGCCUCUUUGAAUCUUAUGCUUGCUAAGGAGGACAGGACAGCAAUGCUGUUGCGCAUCUUUAACGAUACGACACCACUCGUCAAUAACUCCACAAAUAAACAAAAGAUCGAAGAGAGUGUCAAGAAGCAAGAUGAUGAGGAAGACGAGAAAAAGCCUGUAGCGUCUGGCUUCGUUGUCGAAAAUGGCAAGGUCAAGGUCGAUACAUCUAUUGCUAUCGAGGCAGCUGCGCCUGUCAAUGAUCGAUCAACGAACGCGGAGAUCAAGCCAGGGCCAUAUGGUGUUGUUAUGGGUGCUGCUCCAGAGGAUCAGCCUAUGACGGAUGUUAAGGCGGAAAAAAUAGCCAAGGGAGAGGAUACAAGUGGCCCCGAGCAGCAAUUGAAUGGUACUGGCGGCGUUGAGGGACAACUGGGUGGUGUGUCAUAGACGCACGAUUGCAUAUCUGGAUGACUAUGCCCUCUUAAACAGAGCACUGUAUGAAGUGAAUCGAGCUCACUUUGCACCAAUGAAUAAAUGAAAGUCAUGCCUGCGUUAUUUAAUGUCCGG